GAAUAACCUGCAAAUAAGGACAUUUCAUGACCGAAAAGCAAUUUUUUUUUUCGCCUCAGUGCCAACGGCCAUAGAGCAUUUUUAAACAAUGUCUCAUAUUGGGGUCAAUGACGUAAAAAAUCGGUGGCACCGUUUUUUCUUCUUCCUUCUUAUAUUUCGACGCAUAACCAAAGACAGCCCAUUUGACGGUGGCUACCGAUGGCUGUCGAUGAUCCCGGACGACAACUCAAUGCUUACUCCUAUGUUACAUUAUGUCUUUUUCUCGUUGCCUUGAUUCCCGUCAUUCACCCUGUGACUCUGCGUUUGGGUCGUCGUAUAAAGUUACGGUUUAACUUGGCCACGGCCCCGCCUCUCGCUGUUCUCAUAUUGUUGAUUUGCCGUGCGAUCGACUUUGAUAUUGUCGGUAAAGGAUGUCUGGGCAGUCAAGGAGUGGAGCCUUAUGCGAUCAUGAUCUUGUUUUAUUCGUUGGCUUACAUUUGUAUCUCUAUUGAUGUUACGGGCUUCCUUCAAUUCUGCGCACUGUGGGCUUCUCGUCGAGCCGGGCAACGGGGAUUGUUGGCGUUCUUUCUGUUCUUUCUCCUUACCAGUGUCAUGAGCGCACUGACCAGCAACGACGUAGUUAUCCUCACUGGCACAGCAUUUUUGUCGUACUUUACGCGUGUAGCGGGUAUCGAUCCUACAGCUUUUCUGCUGAGCGAAUUCACCACGGCCAAUAUUGCGUCGAUGGCUCUAUACAUUGGUAACCCCACCAAUGUCGUAGUGUCGCAGGCAUACAACAUGAACUUUGUUCAGUACUCGGCUUGGAUGCUGUUACCCACCGUCGUGUGCUUACUUUUGGCUUUCAUCGUUUUGCGUGUCCUGUUCAAUAAUCCAAAGUACUUACCCCGCGUUAUUUAUCCUCCCGAUGCCGAUCCUCGUAGAGCGCUCAUCGAUCCCACCGGAGCCGUAUUUGGUAUACUAUGCUUAGUAUGCUGUCUCGGCACACUUAUUGGAACCUCCUUUGUGAGAAGCGUUUCGGUUUGGAUGGUUACCUUACCGUUUGCCGUUAUCAUGCUUGCACGCGAUAUUGCUUACGACUUACAGCUUCAGAAACAUUACCCGUGGAGCCCACGUCGUAAGAGCGAACCGCAGCUCGAUGUCGUCCAUCCUGAUGAAGCAUUAACAAGCGGUUCGGCGAUCGCCAUGGAUAUCUUACCUGACAUUGGUACGUCUGGUAUAAACUAUCGUCUCCAUACCGAGAAGCAGAGCCGAAACUCGUCCGUGGUGGCCGAUCACGUUUCGGUAAACGGCCAGUCAGUAUUGACCCUGGAAUCCGGUGCCACGCAGAGUCACAGAGAGUCAGCACCGCCAAAGUCAUGGCAGCAACAGCACAGCGAUGUUCCAAAGACCGAAGGCAAAAGAUGGCCCUCGCGGCUGUUGGCCAAAUUCAAUUGGUGCAAAUCUAAGCUGCCGACCGUGGUAGCUGUUAUCGGACGCAUGCCAUGGGCGGUUCUACCUUUUAGCCUGAGCAUGUUUGUCCUGGUUGAGGCACUAUCCGACACAGGGUGGAUCGGCACAUUUGCCAUUGCAUUAUCGGUGUUCACCAAGAAUUAUAUCACGGCGGUUUAUGGUUCCGUGGCGGUUUCGAUUCUUGUGUGCCAAUUUCUCAACAAUAUACCCAUGACGAUUCUUUUUACUCGAAUGAUUCAACAUCCCAAUUUUACCUCGCGCGUUCAGUCUGAUGCAGUCAUGCAAGGCAUGAUCCUUGGUCUUAUUGUUGGAAGCAAUAUUGGGGCUUGCCUGACGAUUAUUGGGAGCCUGGCAGGAAUUAUGUUUGAUCACAUCUUGAAAACAAAAGGCAUUCAUGUACUUGGCUAUGUUCGAUUCCUAAAGUGGAAUAUCAUGAUUCUUCCGAUUUUGGCAGUUGGUACUGCCAGUGUUAUUGUCGGCGAACUAUACGUUGUAUUUAUCAGAGGACUGUAGAAAGCUUGCUCAUGCAUUGUAAAUUUAGAACAUAUUAUUUGUUUCUCGACAUUAUAAAUUCAUUCGCAUACAAAGGGUACAGCAGCUCCAAUUAUGGAUAUCACACUCUCCAAACAACUUGGACACAACAGGUUCGAUAUUUCCAUUUUUGGCAACAUUUUUGUGAUCAAAAGUGCUCAAAUCUUUCAAAAUAAGGCCGGGGCUUCGAAUGGUCAAUCAACAAGACUUUCCUGGAGCAUUCACUCAUAUGACGUUUUGAUUGGUCGCAUUAAUUAGUUGUGUCAAUUAAAAGUUGCGGUUUUGAUGGUUGGUUCUUUGUUUCAGUAACAUAACACCUCGCACG